AGUAGUGUCAGAUAAGUUAUAAUUACAACAAAAGAACAUAACCUUGAAGUAUAAUACGGCGAUGAUAAAUUAUCUCAGUAUGGUAUGUUGAUCUAAUUUAUACUUUUUGAAGUUUUAUCAUUGCUAAGUAAACAAAGCAAUGCAUGUAAAGGAAGUAAAUUUUAGUUUGGCUUCCAAGAAAUGUGUCAGUCAAAAUAUUGCCGUUUUGUCAAAUUGCGCAUGCGCGUUUAAUUAGAUAAGUUAUUAGUAUUGGCUAGGGCUGAUCCUCUUGGUUUGAUUUUGCUUGAGGAGUCAUAUUCUACAAUAGAAGAAAUGGACUCGUUGGUUGUUGUAGCCAUUGAUUUUGGAACAACUUACUCGGGAUGGGCGUUUUCAUUUAGACAUGAAUAUGAGAGGGAUCCUAUCAAAGUGUCUUCGAAGAACUGGCAAGGAGGAACACUCGUCUCGCAAAAAGGUCCAACAUGCAUUUUGAUCAAACCCGAUGGAAAAACAACAGACUCUUUUGACUAUGAUGCCGAAAGUAAAUAUGCCGAAAAGGCUGAAGAAAACGAUCAAGAUCAAUGGUUCUUCUAUAAAAGAUUUAAAAUGAUGCUUUUUAAAGACAAGAAAGAUGUUCUUGAAACUUUGGGCAAACAAGUCGACACUGGGUUUGGUGUCUCCGACAUUCACUGGGUUCUUACCGUCCCAGCAAUAUGGAAUGAUGCGGCUAAGCAGUUCAUGCGAGAGGCAGCUCAGAAUGCUGGAAUACCAGCGAAGAACCUGACCAUAUGCCUUGAACCGGAAGUCGCUUCUAUUUACUGUCGCCAUCUUCCAGUAUCGAAGUCAUCGACUGUAGGAGAAAAAUCAUUGCUGGCUCAGUUUUCGUCCGGAACAAAGUACUUGGUGCUUGAUGCAGGAGGCGGAACUAUUGACAUCACUGUUCAUGAAGUCACUACAAGCGGUGAGCUUAAGGAACUUCACAAAGCAAGCGGAGGAGCUUGGGGUGGAACUAAAGUAGACCAAGCUUAUGAGGCGUUUCUCACAAGCAUUGUCGGCUCUGAAGUCAUCAUGAAAUUCAAGAACAAACAUAUGGAUGACUACAUUGAAGUCUUCCGAGAUUUUGAAAUAAAGAAACGACAAAUUUCUCCGACCAAACAAGAAAAGGUUACGAUCCGUAUGCCUGCUAGUCUUUCAACACUAUGCAGUGAAAUGAGAAGCAGUGAUUUGAAAAGCUUAAUCUUACAGUCACGUUUUGGCAGCAAAGUGAAAGUCUUGAGCGAUAAGUUGAGGGUAGAUGCUGAUGUAGUCAGAGAGUUCUUCAGGCCAACUGUCCGAAACAUAAUCAGUCAUAUUGCCACCCUACUGAAGGAGCCUUCAGUCCAUGGUUGUGCUGCUAUUCUAAUGGUCGGUGGAUUCUCUGCAUCACCAAUGUUACAAGAGAGCGUGCAGGCAAAAUUUCGAAAUCUAAGAGUAAUUGUUCCUGAUGAUGCUGGCUUAGCAGUGUUGAAAGGAGCUGUCAUCUUUGGUCAUGAACCUACAGCAAUCACCGAAAGGGUCUGCAAGUAUACAUACGGAACAGGUACAACCCAUAAGUACGACGAAACAUGCGAACAUCCUAAAGGAAGAGUCGAAAGGGAUGGAAAUGGAGACCUGCGAUGUUACGAUAUUUUUAGCAUCCAUGCACGUUCUGGCAAGUCUGUCAAACUCAAUGAAGAACAGCCGGAACAGAGUUAUAGUCCCGUAUCUGACGACCAAACAGAGAUUGGUUUCAAGAUAUAUUCAUCAUCUACAGCACAUCCGCAUUUUAUUACCGAAGAAGGAUGCAGCCUUAUUGGAGAGUUGACGAUUCCUAUUUCCGAUACAAGUUUGGGAAGAAAUCAUAAGUUUGGUACGAGUUUUAUAUUUGGCGGGACAGAAAUAGUUGUGAAAGUUGAAGACAAGGCAACAGGCUACGUGACUCAUGAAUCAGUCAAUUUCCUUGGAUGAAAUACAAAGUGAUAUUGAAAAUAAAUAUUCGUGAACUUUUUAAAACUAGUAACCGGAUCAGUCGUUUACAAAGGUAAAACAUUAAAAUAGCUAAUAAUAUACCUAUUAUGAAUACUAUUAAGAUGUUGAAUAUAACAUUCUUUAAAACAUCUAAAUUUAAUCAGCAAGUGAAACUUUCAGUUUUGGUAAUUUUGUAACAACCUGUUUUGCAUGAAAUAUGUUCGUAAGUACAAGUUGCAACAAACUUCCGCUGGUUAUUAGACAUCAUCCUAUUGGAUACAACAUGUACAGUCAUCUUCUAAAGACAAUAUAUUCACAUCAAUAUUAUAUAGAUACUAUUUAGCUCUUUAAUUUUAAUGAAAGACGACGGACAUGUUAAAGAUCCGCCACAAAAGAAAUUAACUACCAUUUUCUUGUAUGAACUUCGCGAAAAUCAUUUUAAUAUUAUAGCUAUAUUACAGCUAUACCACCAAAUGGCAGGUUGACAAUUCGAGGCCCUUCCUGCUUGUAUUCUCACAACUUUACCUGUUUAUUCGUUUAGCUUUAUUUUAUUCAGUGAUUCUUUUUUUCAGUAUAUUGCAUAGUUUUUGAAAACCACAGCGUAAAUAUAUAUUAUACAGAAGAAACAAGAUGUGGUUUAAACUGAACUAAAUAUACUAAAUACAGUGAUACGAGUACCAUAACUGAAACACAACAUAACAUAAUUCUUCUGUGGUGGCUCUUUAAUCAUGAAAGUGUUAUAAUAGUUCCAAAGUCGGUUCUGAGGCAAUGUUCCCAUAUAUGUAAUGUUAAUACCUUUAAAUCAUUUUAUAGCUUAAGAGCUAAUUCAUUGCGCCUUUUCUGAAAUAUAAUACUUGAGAAGAACGCUUGAACAAACUUUCUGUUUUAGCAAUGUAAACAGAAAAUACUAUUCUAUUUAUUACUCAUUUGUAUUGUUUUAUUUACGCGUACUACCUUUGUAGAUGCGGUUUGUUGGGGGAGCUCAUUUCAAAGUUCUAUACCAUCAAAGGGAUAAAACUGUCGUUCAUACAUGCAGCAGAGGAGUGUGUAGAUAGAUCCCUUUGAACGGUUUCCUUGCUAUACGGGAGGUAAAUCGAGUUUAAAAUUUGUCUGUAUCGCAGGGUGCUACUUCCCUUGCCUUAUCAAAUUACCCUUGUUAUCUGGACUCGGAAACGUUUUAUGGCUUCAUUUUUCGGCGACGCCGUCUAAAUUCGUUUUCGUUACCUAUGCCACGUGACUUCAGUUUGCAAAUCAAACUACUUGAUAACGCAUUAUAGAUAAUUUAUCAAAAUGGAAGAUUUGUGUAACACUCUGCCUGAUUGGACGAGAGUGUCAAUUUCUUUCACUCUGUUGAUUGUGCUACGCUGAGUGAAAUGUAGACAAAGCGUUUAUCCUAAACGACGCUGUUCACAGUUUUAAAGCUAACUUUGGCUCAGUAUAUUUAGCAAGAAUAUUGAUAUAUCUCAAAAUGAUAAGUAAGUUUAAUAAAUAUGAUAAAAACCUGUUCAAAUACCAACAUAUAUCAAAUUAAAGAAAGAGCUGAAUACGGUCUGCGUAUCACAUGAAUAAGGGUGUGAUAAGAGUCUUUUAUGUAGAGAAGUGCUUUUUAAAAGAUUUUCCUUGUUACAAUUGUCGUCUGUAUAUGACAAUGUUUCUUGCUUUUGUGACUUAUUCAGAUUGCAUAUUAAAAUGAGUACUUGUUUGCUUUGAUAUAUUUGUUAUAAAUUAUUUAACUGAUUUAUUAUAUAUGAAUAUUUUUCUUUAGUAUGGUAUGCAAAUAUUGAACUCAGUUGAAAUCUGUUUUAUUAUAUAUAUGCUAUAUAAUGACAGAAUCUCAUUACACUGAAAUAAAGGUACGCUGCAUACAGUUUAUCUAUGUGAUAUGACUACGGUCAAACUUUGCUUAUGAAACAGAAAUAUUGAAAUAAUUAAAAUUGUAUGUUUU